AUGUCUUCUUGCUUACAAUUUCCAUUAUUAUCUGCUCUAUUUAUUAUAACUACAUGGUUUUGUGUUAUUACUUUAUUUGCUACGGUUGUUGCUACAUUAAUACUUCUUUGUUUUGCAUUAAAGGCUCGCGGAAUUGCCAAAGGAAUCGAACAAAAAUCUGGUUCAGCUAGAGAUGUUUUAAAGCAGUUUGAAUUUCCUAAUUGGGUUUUUGAAGAAAUGUCUAGAACUGUUGGAUUUAAUUUGGCUUUGGCAAAACAGAAUCAAACUGCAACAAGGACCAAUGUCAAAGGUACACGUAAAUGAAGUACUUCAAAAUCAGAAGGGA